AUGGCCAUGAACACUGCAUUGGGACUCUGGGCUCUCCUGGGUCUGCUGCUGGCGUUGCUCCUCCCUGGCCUCUUCAAGCCAGACUUCGAAGCUUCGGACCGUGACUAUGUGCGGGAAGGCUCCUGCAAUGCGGGCACCCUUGAGAAUUCUAAGUUCACGUGCGCGACGAUCUCCGAGGAAUCUCGGGAGCUCUUUGGCAAGGAAGGAGUUGUGGUGCUGCGCCAGGCCUUCGAUCCAGCGGUGAUCGCCGAACUGGCGGCUGAGGUGAAGUGCCGCAUGAAGCCGAAGCCACAAAAAGAAGACUGGGCACUGUCGGCGCCAAACGUUUGGAUGGAUUCCGAGCUUUUUGCAAAGUUCGUGCUGCACAAGGACAGCCCACUGGGAUGCCUAGCGGCACAGCUCAUUCCCAACGCCAGCACCAUCCGCUACGGUCACGAGGAAGUGACGCUGCUGCUGGAGGGGCAGAAUGGGUCGGUGGCGUGGGGCACCGAUGCGGUGCCAAGCAACCUCCGAGACCAGUCGCCUCUAAGUGUGCCACUGAUCCGGUUCUUCCUGCCCUUGGGCCCGCAGAAUCUCAGCAACCUGACCGGGGGCUCCCUGAAUGUGCUGCCCAUGAGCGCCUACACGAAGCUCCGCGACUUCUUCCCGCCCUGCUUCGAGGGCCGGGCGGAUGCGGCCAUGAAGGCGACAGGGGAGUUGAAGGGCGACUGUCAGAUGGCUGGCCGGAUUGCCUUUGCGCCGGCACUGGCCCUGGGCGACAUACUGCUUUACAGCCCUUUAGUGCCGCACAGCACGCAGAAGCUGCUCUCCGGCGCCCGGUUAGCUUUGCAGGGCAGCCUCUACGAACCCAAGCUGCUGGUUCCCUGGGUGCAGGCCAUGCCUACGCCCAGAGGAAUGGACCCCGAACGCUUCCAGCGCCACGGGUCCAUGCGCUUCGACGUCUUCUGCUUGGAAGGGGCGGCGUGUUGGGAUGACAAGAACAAGAUGUGCCACCACAACAUCAACUGGCAGAGUGCCGCCACCCAAGGCAUCAGCGAGCAGGUCAGCCCCUGCUUCCCGCAAGUGUACCCCCACCCCGAGGAGAGCGAAGUGGCUGCCCGCUUCUCCAACGCGCUGCUGAACCCUUCCGGCCCCUCCCGAGCCAACGCACGUUGGCUCCUCUAUUCCCUCCCGGUCGUCAAGGCUUCCUUAGCGCCAGCAUACUGGCUGCUGGAUCGCUGGUACAAGUAG